GGCGUUAUGACUGGCAGCAACUCUCGAAAACGACACAGCUCAUCAGUGGGACCGGCCCGAUAAGCGGAUACUUCGCUGUAGGAAUCUUCAAAUGAGGGACGAUCUGCCUCACUGAUAACGGCUUAUCCAUGAUAAAUCUCAAGCACAGCUGUCUGUCAUACACUCAUUUUCACCCCAUAAGAGCACCAAAUAGGUUACCGGCUGGAUUUUGGGACCGGGCUCAACACCACCUGAGCGGACUAUCGACUUUGCACGCACAGCAUGAAGCCGACACAUGCGGACGACUAUCACAUUUGCGUCACCUACUUCGCUGCUGUGGUAACAGAUUCCUCUCGAGCAGUUUACUCGACACAGAAUCGUUUCACCUCCGUAGGGACUUCAAGGUGGAAGACUUUGUUCUCAUCUUCGCGUUUCCUGCUUCGCUCUGAGUCACAAUGUCCAUCACAGCUGUCCUAGUGCCAGCACUCCGCCUUUCGGCUGCCCUAGUCGCGGCGCCGAUUGGCCUCGCACUGGAGACGGCUGCUCUCACCACGUCUCACGGCCCACGCCAAGUGACGUCUCGCUUUCUGCAUUUGUGUCCUCCAUCCGCGUCGCUUUCUUCGUGCAACAAAACUGUGCAAGGCAGAAUUGCCCACGUGCGGUCUCCUUACCUACAGCGAGAUGCCCACUGUUUCUCCACAAACGCCUGUGCUUUCACACUGCCUCCCCUCCCGUACGCCGAAGACGCCCUGGCGCCACACAUCAGUGCAGAGACUCUUCGCUUUCACCAUGGAAAACACCACGCUGCCUACGUCAACAAGUUGAAUGGCUUCAUUCAAGGCACACCGUUCGCUGAUAAGACACUCGAAGACAUCGUCAAGAACUCUUCGGGAGCCAUCUUCAACAAUGCAGCACAAGCAUGGAACCACGAAUUCUACUUCAAGAGCAUGAAACCAGCUUCCGCUGGAGGUGGGGGUGAGCCCGAUGGCCUGCUCAAGAAAGAGAUCGAGGCAGCUUUCAGUAGUUUCGCCCAGUUCAAGGAUGAGUUUUCCAAACUAGCGGCAGGCCAUUUCGGUUCAGGAUGGGCAUGGAUCGUUUGGGACAAGCAACAAAAGAAAAUUGUUCUCGAACAGACGCACGACGCAAAUACGCCAAUCACAGAUACAAUGAAGGUCCCCCUCUUGUGCUGCGACGUUUGGGAGCACGCAUAUUACCUGGAUAAGAAGAACGACAGGCCGGCGUACAUUGAAGGAUGGUGGAGCGUUGUCAACUGGGGUUUCGCAGCUGAGAACUUGGUGAAAGCACUUGAAAGCAACUAGCGAAACAAUCGUCUUGGUGAGGAACAUAAUUAUAUCAGUGCCGAUGGUCAUUUGUGCGUCAUCCGAAUGAAGAGAGGUUCAAGUUAGGGAAAUUUGUUGGAGCCUCCGGUUUUGUGCCUCGUCGUGAACCCUGGAUAGCUUUAGUCACCAAGUCUGUUUUCUGGUGACAACGUUGAUCGCGCACAACGACGGCGGUGACGGCUUCGGCAAGUGAUGCACUUUUGGCGGUUUUCCUGUUUCAAUGCCAGACCUUCAGAUGAUGAUGCAAGUCGGUGUUCCAACUUAGACUUCGCUCCUCUUAUUUCGAGAUGACUCACGUGCAUGUGGUCGUGCUUUGCAUGCUCCGAGGCGUGAGUAUAUAUUCUUGCUACUACAACCUUUCCAUGUGAUUAUAUCUUCUCUCGGGAUGAGCGGCGUGAGACCACACUGAAGGAGACAGUCGCGUUUGUUGACAGCGACUCAUUUGUAAACGGAGACCGAUAACCGUGACAGCUGAUAAUCCAUACUACUACUCAUCGCGGAUUAACGUAGACUGAAGUUCCAAAUCCAUUUGACGGUAAGGAUGUUGGUGACUGGCGUGUGGAGGGUAGCGAAUGGCUCUUAGCUGUAGGCGUCAUCCUUUUCUUGAUGCCAAAGAGGCAG